AUGGUGGAGAGCGAUCUCCAUGCCAGUGGAAUGGACCGACAUACCGCCAUCGGCGAUAAGUGUUAUCACAAUCAUGACAGCGAUUGCGACCAAGCCCUACAGGACCUACCGAGUCCACGCAUGCACGCUUACACACAAUGGACGCACCAAUCAAACAUCGACUCGGUACCGCCUACCGAGUAGGAGCAAAGACAUGGGCUGAAAAAAAAUUAACCCCAUCACCACGACUGAGCCUCAAGAAACCUCAUCCCCCGAUAGCACCGAAUUCACCAGAGACACCCAGACUUCACCGUCCAAAAAAAAAAACAGAACACUGCUUCCCCCCACCAUGACAUCAACGAUGCGAAUAAGCAUACCAAGGACAGGAAAACUGCUUCCCCCCACCAUGACA